AUCAAAAUAAUUAUUUGCGAUUGUUGGCACUUUCACAAACGAGGAAACUCUCCAUUCAAUAACUUCCUUCCCGAACGAAGACUGCCUGUUUAAUUAGACCAACGAAUUCAUCUACUUUGACGUUGGUCCCUCAUCAACGCCACGCCAAAAUGGCUUCCAACCUCAACCAAGAUGAGCUUUUGUCACAAUUUUGUUCCAUGACAGGUGCCACCCCAUCCGAGGCUCGCCCAUUCCUCGAGACCCAUCAGUGGGAUCUCGACGCGGCCGUUACCGAAUUCUUCGCAGAUCAAGAGGAAGAAGAACUCUUACAAGAUACAGAGCCUAGGGGUGGUCGGAGACUAGGGACUGAUGACUCGAGUGAAGAGGCUGAAGCUACUUCACGUUCAUCAUCGGCCUAUAAUUCCAAAUCAUCCAGUUCGCAACGUGGCCCAGCCAAGAAAUUUGCGACCCUGGGAGACCUAGCUUCUGGUGGCCGAGACUCAGGAAAUGAAGACGAUGAUAAUCAAGACUUUUUCGCUGGUGGCGAGAAGUCAGGUCUUGCCGUACAGAACCCGGAUGAUAUUAAGCAAAAGAUUCUAGAAAAAGCUAUGCGGGCUAAGCCUCCCAGGCCAGAUGACUCCGAGACUCACAAGUCUCAUUUCACUGGAACCGCUCGCACCCUUGGCGGAGAUGAUACCCCAAGCCAGGUCAUCCAAGAUCCGAAUGAAAAUCGUCCCACCCCACCUCCUCGAGUACAUCGCACGUUACACUUCUGGGCUGACGGUUUCUCUGUCGAUGAUGGAGACCUCUAUCGAUCCGACGAUCCUCAGAACGCAAGCAUCCUUGAGGGUAUUAGGCGAGGACGAGCCCCUUUGUCAAUUAUGAACGUGGCGCCGGGUCAGGAAGUUGACGUGGAAAUUAAGCAACACGACGAGAAAUAUGUUCGACCUAAGCCAAAAUACAAACCCUUCUCCGGCUCAGGACAGCGACUGGGAAGCCCUACCCCUGCUAUUCGCACAUCUCAACCUGAGCCUGCAGCUGUUGCGCCUAGCCCAUCGGAAGCAGCAAAGCCCGAUAUAGACGAGUCGCAACCUGUGGUAACGUUGCAAAUUCGUCUCGGCGACGGAACACGCCUCACGUCUCGUUUCAACACAACCCAUACUAUUGGCGAUGUUUAUUCAUUUGUGGCAGCUGCUAGUCCAGCAAGCCAGUCUCGUCCCUGGAUAUUGAUGACUACGUUUCCUAGCAAGGAGCUGACGGAUAAGGCUGCUGUUUUGGGUGAAUUGCCAGAUUUUAAGCGAGGUGGUGUCGUUGUCCAGAAGUGGCAAUAAUGGUCUAUACAUGACUGCCAGCUUACAUUCGCUUCCUAGACCUCAAAAAGUGCUGCCAUAGAGUUUGCAAGUUCGACCCAUGUCCUUAAUGCAGUUACGCUAGCUGGAACCUCAGACGGUUAUCAUAUAACUAGACGAAUAUACCUUCACACCUC